AUGAAAGCAGUGGUAUUCAAGGGACCGGGGAAGGUGGUGAUUGAAGAUAGGCCGAUUCCAAAGAUUCAAGAUGCCAAAGAUAUCAUUGUCAAAGUUGAAAAGACGGCAUUGUGCGGCAGUGAACUGCACGUUUUUCGCGGCCAUCAACCAUCUGCUACCGAUUUUGUGAUGGGUCAUGAGUUUACCGGCUACGUUCACGAAGUAGGUUCAUCGAUUAAGACACUCAAAGUCGGGGAUCGUGUUGUUUCGCCAUUUACAACCUCCUGCGGCGAAUGUUUCUACUGUACCCACGGCUUCUCUUCGAGAUGUGUCAAGAGCCAGCUGUUUGGCUGCCCUACCCUAGAUGGCGGCCAGGCGGAAUAUGUCCGAGUCCCUCUAGCCGACUCGACGGCUGUCAAAGCACCAUCGGGAAUCAGAGACGAGGCCCUAGUUCUUAUGGCAGAUAUCUUUCCAACAGGCAUGUUCGCAGCUAAGAACGGAUUCCAAUACUCCUCGCCCGAGGAGAUCAAGGACAGUGUCGUCGUGCUCAUUGGCUGUGGCCCUGUAGCUCUCUGCGCACUUUGCAACAUCACCGACUACAAGCCAAAACAUAUCCUCGCUGUCGACUCUGUUCCCUCUCGUCUAGAACUCGCCAAGUCCCUGGGUGCAGAGCCCUGGAACUUUCAAACUGAUCGCGAGGGCCUGGACAAACGUGUCAAAGAGCUCACAGAUGGUCGCGGUGCAGACAUUAUCAUUGAAGUUGUCGGACUUUCGCCUGCCCUUCGCAUGGGUUAUGAGCUUGUCCGACCUUGGGGUGUCAUCAGCUCUGUCGGUGUGCAUAAUGGCGAGAUACCCUGGACCGGGAAUGAAGCAUACAACAAGAACGUAAGGGUCCAAAUGGGAAGGUGUCCGGUAAGAAGUGUGUUCGAGGAGGCUUUGGAAAGCUUGAAGCGGCAUCAGGAAAAGCUUGGAUUCAUGGCUGACAAGAUCAUGCCACUAAGCGAAGCCCUUGAAGGCUAUGACUUGUUCGAUAAGAUGAAGGUGCAGAAGGUUCUUCCAUGCCGACCUCCAAACACAAACCUCGACACCGUCACUAACAUUCGGCACAAUAGUCUGGAGAAUUUCGACCCGUCCUCCUCACCCUCUCCACCCACUGCACCUAGGUCUCGUUUCCGUCUCCGCAACACAACUUCGUCUCUUGUAAGUAUCGCGACAUUGCGCGUGUCGCAAAACUACGUCACUGACCGCAGCUGCAGCGCUUCCCUAGGCCAUCUCCACAACAUGUCCUCAGAAGAGCCCCAACCCGGUCCCGGUCAAGAUGCCAGCCGCGUCGCCGACCAACUGGACCGCCUCAACAUCGACGGUGAGGGCGAGGUAGCCCCGCGCACCGAAGAGGAAUACGCCGAGUCGCAGCUCACCCUGCGAGCCAUUGUUUCGUCCAAGGAGGCCGGUGUCAUUAUUGGCAAGGCGGGCAAGAACGUUGCUGACCUGCGCGACGAGACUGGCGUGCGCGCCGGUGUCAGCAAGGUCGUUCAAGGUGUUCAUGACCGUGUCCUCUCCGUCACUGGCAGUCUCUCUGGCAUCGCCAAGGCAUAUGGCCUAGUCGCCAAAGGUCUGCUCGAAGGCGCUCCUGCAAUGGGCAUGGGCGGCGUUAUCCGCACGGACGGCACUCAUCCCAUCCGCCUGCUCAUCUCGCACAACCAAAUGGGUACCAUCAUUGGUCGCCAGGGCCUGAAGAUCAAGCAGAUUCAGGAUGCCUCUGGUGUUCGUAUGGUUGCGCAGAAGGAGAUGCUCCCCCAGUCCACCGAGCGCAUCGUCGAAGUCCAAGGAUCGCCUGGCGGUAUCGAGAAGGCUAUCUGGGAGAUUGGCAAGUGCCUCAUCGACGACUCCGAGCGCGGCUACGGUACUGUCCUCUACAAUCCUGCCGUCAGGGUUCAGCCUGGUGCUGGCCCUGUCCCACUAUCCAAUGGUGGCGGUGCACCUAGCGGUGGUAUGGGCGGACGCUCGUACAACCGCACUGGUCAUGGCGCUGAUUUCAGUGAUUCGCCUCCUGCCUUUUCCCGACGAUCUGGCUCCGAUGCCGCGAGCAGGCCUCCGCCCCCAACGCAUACCGAAGAUGGCGAGGAGAUGCAGACUCAGAACAUCAGCAUCCCAUCUGACAUGGUUGGCUGUAUCAUUGGACGCGGCGGUAGCAAAAUCAGCGAGAUUCGCAAGACCUCCAACGCCCGUAUCUCCAUUGCGAAGGCACCCCAUGACGACACUGGCGAGCGCAUGUUUACCAUCACUGGUAGUGCCAGUGCUAACGAGAAGGCGCUCUAUCUUCUCUAUGAGAACCUUGAGGCUGAAAAGAUGCGUCGCAGCCAGGCCCAGGAGUAG